AUGGAGGACAACGGGCACACCGGGAACAACACCGGCAAUUAUCAUCGAGGCGACAACAAGUACCACACGAGCGAGAAGAGGCCGGUUCCGUUGGCCAUUGUGACAAACAUUCCGGGCGAAUCCGGGCUGCAGCUGAACAACACCGGUACUGCCGGCAACUCGUCAACAAUAAUCAGCGGAAGCGGACAAUCGAUCAACGCCACUGUCGGCGUGGUUCCGGGUCAAAAGGUCGAGAUAGUGGUACCGCCCAACGCAGCCAACCUCACUGUGAUCAUUGAAGAGAAGACCACAACCGGCACCCCAGUCGCUAUCGGUGGAGCGGUGGAUAGCGGUGAUGUACUGCAGUACGGCGUCCUGAAUGCCACCACGGUGACACCGGCACAAACCGCCACCACCGCCAACGGCAGCGUCGUGUGGUUUAUCCCUGGCGACUUCGAACCGCUGGAGGGCGGAGUAACCGCCACCCCAGUGCCAGCUGAAACCACCACGGCGGUCAUUGUCAACCCGCCUCCGGCAGUUAUUCUGGCGGCACCAACGCCGGUUCUCAUCAGCGGCGCCACGGAGCCGUUGUACAAUACAUCGGUGGUGUUGCUGAACGGAACGGUCAUCCCGAUCCUCGCGUACGGAGCGUCACAAGCGACUGCGGCUGCGCCGGCAACAACAAACGGCGCGGUGACCUCAGCAGUCGCACCCACGAUCUUUGCUAUAUUGAUUCCGUUGGGCAACGGAUCAUUCGCCCCGGCGACCGUGGAAACCAACGCAACGGUGACCUUAGCCGACGGCACGGUUGUACCGAUCCUAUCCCAUCUACCAAGACAAUCUGAUGUGGUGCCGAAUAGUGUCGUUCUCCAGUCGUAUCCGUUCACAUAUCACGCGGAUGGAGUACCGGUGCAGGUCAUCAGCAAUGUUCCCAGCAAAGCGUACGCAGCACCGGUUCUCACAGAAACCGUCGCCGCUAACGGAACCACGCAACCCAUGUACGAAAUGCAGGUUGUUUCGUCUAACGGCUCCAUCAUUCCCAUCUUGGCGUACGCACCAACCGGAAGUGCACCGGCUGCAGCAGACGGCGCUGUUCCAGAGACCACAGUUGCCACCGUUACGUCCAACGUAACCGUUGCACCAGUUAUUGCCAAUGCACCCGCGCUGUCAACGAUGACCGUUUACCUCAAACUGGCGAAUGGAUCGUUUGUGCCGGUUGAACUGGUGUUCAACUCUACCGCCACUAUGCCGGACGGAACCGUCGUACCCGUGCUGAUGCGCCUUCCCGAUGAGUCGCUGAUCAACGCCACCAGUGUAGCCGUCAGUGCGCUACCGUUUGUCUAUUCAGCGGACGGUCAAGUGCUGGUCGAUUCGACUUCCGCCAACGCUACGGUUACCAGCGCCGCCGCCCCGCAAACAGCGCCACCGGGAUCUGGAUUACCUCCGGUGAUUACGGAAACCAUAAUUACGGUUACGCCACUCACUGCGGCGUUAACAACAACGGCGUCCGGUUCAAAUAUCGUAAUUAUUCCAGUUCCAGCAGGUCCGGGAAGUGUCGCUCCUGGCGCUGUGCAACCUGCUAACGAAAUUGUCAACAAACCGCCGGCCAGUGUCAUUGCGCCACCUACUAUCGUGACCUUUACCGGAAUCGACCAACCGUUGUCCAAUACCUCGAUCGUGUUACUGAACGGCACCGUGGUCCCGGUGCUGGCCUACGGAGCCGCUCCCAGCGUCACCGUCGCCGCAUUCCCGGCAGCCCCAGAAAACGGUACCAUUGUUCCGCCUGCUGCAGGACCAACCGUUUUCGCAAUCCUGCAGCCGUUAGCCAAUGGAUCGUUUGCGCCGGCCACAGUGGAAACCAACGCCACGGCGACUUUACCGGAUGGAACUAUCGUCCCGGUACUGGCGCACUUACCCAGUGAAUCGGAUAUCGUACCAAAUACUGUCCUCUUCCAGUCGUAUCCGUUCGCCUACCAGGCUGAUGGAUCUCCAGUGCAGAUUGGUCAGGUACUAAUCGAUUCCACAGCCGGCAACGCCACCGUUAACAAUGUAACCGCACUGCCACCGUCUGGAACGGGUGCAGUCGUCGUUAUCACCCAGCCUGGCAGUGUUCCGGCAGAACGCGCUGUCACCGUCGCAGCAGGAGUUACCGAAACUCUGACAACGACAAGUGCUCCGCCCGCACCGGGCGGUCCGAAUAUUGUAAUUCUUCCAGUACCAGUCUCCACGGGUGCGGCUGCCAACGUGAACGAAACGGUGAACGCACCUCCGGCAAGCGUGGUUGCACCGUUAACAACCGUGACCUUUAGCGGUGAAGCGCAACCCUUCUAUAACACAUCGGUUGUCCUGCUCAACGGUACGGUGAUCCGAAUGUUAGCUUACGGCGCCCCAGUCGCUGCGGUACCGCCCGGAGAGACGCCAACCAAUGGAUCGAUCGCCCCUGCCGAACCUACUAUUUUGGCCAUAUUGAUACCGUUAGCCAAUGGAUCUUUUGUGCCGGCGACCGUAGAAACCAACGCCACCGCGACGUUACCCAACGGAACUAUCAUUCCGAUCCUAUCGCAACUGCCUAACGAAUCGAAUGUCGUGCCGAACAGCGUGGUAUUCCGCUCGUUCCCGUUCACCUAUCAGGCCGACGGUACUCCGUUGCAAACGGUCAAUAAUCUGCCCAGCGAAGUCUUUGCUCCGCCGGUUGCCGUUCAUGUCAUCAAUUCCAACGGUACCGACGAGAAUCUGUACGAAACCUCGUAUAUUGGCGCCGAUGGAGCCGAACGGCGCACGCUGAAGCUGUUCCGGCUGCCGCAGAAGCGAACGCCACAGCUGCCGGUAAUGGCACUUCUGGUCCCGUCAUCACCAACUUGCCCGCCACCUCCGACCUUGACGGUUUACACCAAAUUGGCGAACGGAUCAUUCAUCCCGGUACAACUCGAAUACAAUUCCACCGCUACGCUGGCCGACGGUACCGUGGUCCCGGUGUUGAUGCGUCUCCCGGAGGUGUCAGUCGUCAACGCCACCAGUGUGGCUGUUAACGCGUUACCGUUUGUGUUCUCGCCGGAAGGAGAUGUGUUAGUGGUUGCUAAUGCCGGCAAUGCUAGUGCCCCGAACGUGACCGCGGCCGCUGGCGAAACAGUAACCAACGGUACCGCAGUGCCGGCGGGCAAUGAAACAGCUGGAGUUGUGGUGGUACCAGUAGUGCCGGUGCUUGGCCGUUCCGCUGCAAGAAGACGCUCAAUGCCGAUGCGACACCGUCCUGCUUCCCCGGAGACAAAUGUAACUGAAGUCGCACCUGGUAGCGCUACGGUACUCAUUGUUCCGCAGCCGGGAAGCGAAACCGCUGGUAACGUGACCGUUAUCAGUAUAACGACAACCGGAUCAGGAGAGAAUGCUACUGGUGCUGGCCGAUCCACCGCGCUAUUUUCUGCCGUAGAGACGGAAAAUGCACCGGUAACCACAACAACGGAAGCCGCCGUGACCACCGUUCCGGCAGCUUCGAUUAUCUCUCCGAUUAUCAUCGUGCCCGGAGCAUCUGGUAACGCCACCGUAAUAACAUCUGGCCAAUCGGAGAACGGCACGAUAGUCACGGCAGUCGGCGGAGAAGCCUUUGUCAACGGUAGCGCAGUGGCGUCCGGUAACGAGACCACCGGGGUCACGGCGUUCAGUGGAAGUCGCGCCAGUCAACGACGCACAUUGCCGUUCGCUUUCGGCCGCAACGUCAGCAUAAUCCCACUAUGGGGACAGGAAACCAAUGCCCUCCUGGGUUUUGGUGGCGAGCCGGGAGCGUCAGUCGGACCCCAGCGAACGGAACCGACCGGAGAAAUUAAUAACGAGUUGAUCAGCAACGGCCGCUUCUUAACGGUCGGCAGCGGCCUGAACCUGCCGACGUCCAGCGGUCUGGCAGUGGUGUCACCCAACGGAACCGCCUCGGUCAUACCCUUGCCGGGUGUCUUCCUCACCGCCGCCGAGCUGCCGGUUUCCAAUACGACGGAAGUGCCGAUCAGUAUCAACGGGGAGCAGUAUGUAACGCGGAAGUAUCUCCAACACCGGCUCAUUGUCAAGAUGGGACCGUUUAAGCGGGCCAACGAAACCGCCACCACCACCACGGCGCCGGUCACCCGCUCACCCUUCUCCUUCAGACAGCUCAGGAAACUCACCGGUUGAGGAAUGUUCGGAUAACCAUUUUGUUGAACUGAAUAUAUAUUUUUGCCUAAAAAUUUUUGGAAAAUCAUUAAAAAAAUAUUGAUUUUAUUUUGAUUAUUUAUGCCUUGCCAAAAACGUGGAUUCUUUAUUGCAAUAAAAAUGA